AUGUCUUUGAUAAACGGAGUAUAUGAAUAUCCAACGUGGAUCAAAGAUUUGCUCAAUACAGAAUCAGUACAAAAAGUUUUAAAUGAUGAAUCUAUCAUUAGCGCAUAUUGGAAAAGUGUUAUUUUAAAUCCAGCAGUAGAUACAAUUACUUUAAUAAUAUUCAAUUCUCCACAAUAUCAAAACAAACUAAAGGAUCCCGAAUAUAUCAAAUUAUUAACAGAUGAAAACAUUCCAGCAGAAAUUAGAAUUCAAAAAUUAUUCAGACCAUAUUCUUUACCAAAAGAGUUAUAUAAAAAUAUUUGUCAAUUUCAUCUUACACUAGAACAAUAUGAUCGAUGGUUAAAGUGUAUCAAACAAGUAUCACCAAUUAACGUGAAAGAAACAAGAAGAACAAAACAGAGGUAUCAAUGGGUUGAAAUUUUUGUUUGUGAUAGAGCUGGAUUUCGAAAAUCAGUUUAUAAAACAGGUGUACCUCAAAAAAACAUGAAACCAAGUAAAACAUGUGGUUGUAAUUAUAGAAUUAAUGCAAAAUUAUUGAAGAAUGGAUUUGUUAGGGUAAAUUGGCAAUGGAAACAUCAUAAUCAUUUCAUGUUUGGAGAAAUUAAAAAUAGUAAAACCAAGAUUAAUUCAGAAUCGUUGGAAAUACUGAAUGAGUUGUUGAAUAUGGGUAUUGAUGAUUUUGGUUUAACGCAAAGUCAAAUGAAAAGUAUUAAAAGAAAUGAGGAAGGAGCAUAUUUAGUUGAAUCGUCACAGAUGUUAAGAGUCAGACAUGGAUCAGUGGAAAUGAAUAAUGAAGCAAAUUAUGCCAACAAUGAAAGAGGAACAAAGCGUUGUAGAAUAGAUUAUGAUCAUGAAGAAGGUUCAGAUACGGUUCCAAGUAUGGAUACGAUAUCGAGAAAACUCGAGGAAAUAAAUCGUGAAUUUGAGCAGUUGCAAAAUAAAGGUAGGGAAAUAAUCUUGGAGAAAAGAAAUGAUUUUAUGAGAUAUACUAAUGCUAUGAUAUCUAUUCUUGAAGAAAGUUUGAAUUAUAAUGGAGAAUUAGAUCGUGGAGCAAUAAAUAAUGGAUAA